GCGCUGGGAAGUCACGACAGCCCACAUAAAUUAAUUUCCUCGAAUCAUGGGGCUGCGGCGGAUAACAUUAUUUGAUAAAGAGUGCAACGAGAUCGGCUGGAGUAUCGGUCCGCCGUAAGCACCGCCUCUAUUGUGAAGGAAGACGCCCAGUAGUUGGUUGGAUUAGAAUCGCAAUGGAUCAGGCCGUUAGCGGAUCAGAAAUGAAUCUUACCAACGGCGUUAACAUGGAAUCGGAUCCCGAGUCGGACACUUUCAGUGAAAGCGGAGAAGUCUCAGACCUGAACGCGGACAAGCUGGACCCCACUGAGAGGGUUCUAUACGAGAAGUUAAAACAGCAGGAGCGGGAAGAGCGGGAAGAGAUUGAGAGGGAGCUCAAAGAGCACGAGGAGGCCAUCGCCAUGCACAGCAACCACCUGAGGGCGCGCGAGAAGGAGAUGCAUCUAGUUCAGGAGCGCAUGCAGCAGCGAUCCGAGAGGGAGCUCGAUCUCAGCCGACCCAGCUCCAACAAAUCCCUGUCGAACAGCAACGGCAGCGUGAACGGCGGGGACUCGUCUAACAACAACGGCUCCAGCAGCCACGCCGGGAACAAGCCCAACAGCAACAAUAACAGUAACAACAAUAACAACCUCAAAAACAGUCUGCCCUGCGGUAACAAUAUAUCUAACAUUCACAAGAGCUUCAGCAACGGUGGUAGCGGUGUGGGGAUGCUGAAAAACAGUUGCGAUAACACAUUGGAUAUGAGCAAAUUUCUGACUGAGGACUUUAGGGCUCACCUACACAACAGUGCGAACCUGUUGUCAACAUUCCCAUUGGGGCACCCUCUAGCACAUGCCCAUUUGGCUCUGGGCGGGCAUCUGUUGGGCAGAGAGAUGAAAGGUUUGGAAAUGGUCAACCCGUUUCACCCCAUUCUGCCCAACCACAGCGCUUUUCCGAGUCCGCCCUCACCCUCGGAGCGAUAUCCGCCCAGCUCAACCACACCGAUUUCUCCCACGGGGAGCCUUCGACCUUCCCCUUCACCAGACGACCCCAAUGGAGAGAAUCGAUCCCACAACUGGACGUUUGAGGAACAAUUCAAACAGGUACAGUUGUACGAAUUGAGUGAGGACCCUAAAAGAAAAGAGUUUCUGGACGACUUGUUUGCCUUCAUGCAGAAGAGAGGUAAGAGUACCCCAGUUAACCGGAUACCGAUUAUGGCCAAGCAGACUUUGGAUCUGUACGAGUUAUUUCGUCUGGUGGUCUCCAAGGGAGGGCUGGUGGAGGUUAUCAACAAGAAGCUGUGGCGGGAGAUAACCAAAGGACUCAAUUUACCUUCGUCAAUCACCAGUGCCGCCUUCACAUUGCGAACGCAGUACAUGAAAUAUCUCUAUCCUUACGAGUGUGACAAGCUGAAGCUAAGCAACCCCUCAGAACUGCAGGCGGCCAUAGACGGCAACAGACGGGAAGGUCGGAGAUCAAGCUACGGCUACGACAUGUCUCCAGGGCCGACACUAGUACCCUCAAGUCAUCCGCUAAAUGGAGGUCUCAUGAACGGCAAGUUGGGGCGGUCCUCACCCCUGUCUUUUGAUGGUGACCGACCAGAUGUCCGGCAUUUAGCCGGUACAAACACUCCAGGUCUGACCUUGAACCCGGCACUCAUGCCUCUAAGCCAUCACAUCUACAGCAGCAUGAUCUCAGAGAAAUUGAGGCACAGCACACCCAUCGACGAUGACAGUUUGCCCCCAACACCUCUACCAGCGCACCAUAGGGGAUUAACAGAGAGAGACGCCCUGGCUAUGGAGGCUGCUUCCAGGGCCAUGGAAGAGGCCACCAGAAAGAUGGAGCAGGCUACUAGGGCGUCACUUGGGGACGACGGUCCUCCCAGGAAACGCAUGCUCACGGAAAACGACCGCAUUUUGCCAACGGGUCUACACAGUGCGCAUUUUAAAAUAACUAGUCGAAACGAUGGUCGCUCUGAGAUUGACACCUCUCUCGUGGUCAGUAUGGAAAUCAACGGCAUCAUGUACCAGGGUGUUCUCUUCGCUCAGCACCCACACCGGCUAGGUGUCUAGUACUCACACACAAACAUUCUUUUGGUUUAAAAUACGAAAGUUUGCGAGAGAUGAACUUCCUAGGCACAUGUCGUACCCUCUAGUGUUUUACUUGUAACUGAUAAGCAGGAGAUUUUGUUUUACUUGUAACGAGUGAGCAGGAGAUUUUGUUUUACUUGUAACGAGUGAGCAGGAGAUUUUGUUUUGCUUGUAACUAGUGAGCAGGAGAUUUUGUUUUGCUUGUAACUAGUGAGCAGGAGAUUUUGUUUUACUUGUAACGAGUGAGCAGAAGAUUUUGUUUUGCUUGUAACUAGUGAGCAGGAGAUUUUGUUUUGCUUGUAACUAAUGAGCAGGAGAUUUUGUUUUGCUUGUAACUAGUGAGCAGGAGAUUUUGUUUUACUUGUAACGAGUGAGCAGGAGAUUUUGUUUUGCUUGUAACUAGUGAGCAGGAGAUUUUGUUUUGCUUGUAACGAGUGAGCAGGAGAUUUUGUUUUACUUGUAACGAGUGAGCAGGAGAUUUUGUUUUGCUUGUAACUAAUGAGCAGGAGAUUUUGUUUUACUUGUAACUAGUGAGCAGGAGAUUUUGUUUUGCUUGUAACUAAUGAGCAGGAGAUUUUGUUUUACUUGUAACGAGUGAGCAGGAGAUUUUGUUUUACUUGUAACGAGUGAGCAGGAGAUUUUGUUUUACUUGUAACGAGUGAGCAGGAGAUUUUGUUUUGCUUGUAACUAGUGAGCAGGAGAUUUUGUUUUGCUUGUAACUAGUGAGCAGGAGAUUUUGUUUUACUUGUAACGAGUGAGCAGAAGAUUUUGUUUUGCUUGUAACUAGUGAGCAGGAGAUUUUGUUUUGCUUGUAACUAAUGAGCAGGAGAUUUUGUUUUGCUUGUAACUAGUGAGCAGGAGAUUUUGUUUUACUUGUAACGAGUGAGCAGGAGAUUUUGUUUUGCUUGUAACUAGUGAGCAGGAGAUUUUGUUUUGCUUGUAACGAGUGAGCAGGAGAUUUUGUUUUACUUGUAACGAGUGAGCAGGAGAUUUUGUUUUGCUUGUAACUAAUGAGCAGGAGAUUUUGUUUUACUUGUAACUAGUGAGCAGGAGAUUUUGUUUUACUUGUAACUAAUGAGCAGGAGAUUUUGUUUUACUUGUAACUAGUGAGCAGGAGAUUUUGUUUUACUUGUAACGAGUGAGCAGGAGAUUUUGUUUUGCUUGUAACUAAUGAGCAGGAGAUUUUGUUUUGCUUGUAACUAGUGAGCAGGAGAUUUUGUUUUACUUGUAACUAGUGAGCAGGAGAUUUUGUUUUACUUGUAACUAAUGAGCAGGAGAUUUUGUUUUACUUGUAACUAGUGAGCAGGAGAUUUUGCUUUGCUUGUAACUAGUGAGCAGGAAAUUUUGUUUUACUUGUAACUAGUGAGCAGGAGAUUUUGUUUUGCUUGAUUGGAAAGGCGACCUGGAAAGUGAUGUACACUUGUACCUGAUGUUAUUUCAAAUCAAUAUCUACUUGUUAAAGGAAAUAGCUGUCCAUGUUCAUUAUCAUCAUUGCAUCAUCAUACAUUUCAUGCUAACAGUAACUUAAUACUGAACAGUAUGAUGUCACAUUAUUGUUAUACAAUAAAUCUGAAGUGAGUAAGGUAUUCACAUGUUUUUCUUAUAGAAAAUCAAACUCUUUUGAAAUCGUAAAAAAAAAAUUACCUGAUGCUCUUUUUUUUUUAAAUUGUGUAAUGUAUAUUGUGAGUUGAGAGAUGUGAAACAGAAAGAUAGUAGUCAGUAGAAACACAUUGAUCUAUUUAUCAGUCUACAAUCUCAUUUUAAGUCUUUUUUUAAUGUAAAAUUUAAUUUCCCUUUUCUAAGACUGUGCAAUAUCUUCAGAAAGGAUUAAUUUAUAUAAUAUGAAUUUAGCAAUAUGUUGUAUUCUAAGAAUUCAAUUAAUGAAAAAGAACAAUUUGAAUGAAUCAUUGUAUAUGACAUUGAAGAAUGAAAGUAUGAAGACACUAACGGUUAUAAGCUUAUAGUUCAAUAAAAAGUCAUUGGAAUUGACCAUUUUCUAAUUGUAGGCGAAUAGGGUACAUUUUGAUUUGAUUUUGUUCAUUUGUAAGUUAUAUUUUAAACUAAUCGAUAUCUGAGAACACUGCCAAUAUUAGUCUAACUGAUGUCAUUUGAAAAAAAGUUUAUAAUGACAUGUGCUUAAUGACAUGUGUUGUCGCCCCAUGAAGGAUUGGUUCAAUGUGAAUAGUGUACUAAUUAAAGUGUAAGUUGACUUCACAUCGAAUAAUGUGUAUGUGUGUUUGAUGGAUUGAUUUUUAAAGACAAUGAAUGCCAUGUGUGUGUGUUUGUGUGUGAGGUAUAUAAACCAGCAAUGUAUAACUGUUUAAGUCAGUGUGUAUAUGUAAUACGAGAAAGACUUCUGUAGCUGUCCACCCAUCUGACCCAUCCAAUUUUCUCAUCAGGGGUUACAGUAUCAGAUAUCUUACACCUCUGAGACCGUCUCCCUCUCCUGUAUAUACACCAUUACAUUAAUAUAUUUAUACAUGUAUCAACUUUCAUUUAUUUAUUGUUGGGAUUUGUGUAUAUUUAUACAAACUUAGAAUCUUUUUUUUGUUUUGUUUCUUUUCUUGCUUCAAACAUAUUUUUUUAAAAAGUUAACAAUGAUUUGUACGUACCAAUGAUGAAACGAGUCACUUGGUUGUAGGGUGACUAAUUAUUGUCUUUGUAAAUACAAGCCAAAACGUAAUUUUUGUUCAAUCUACCUUUUCAAGUUGUUUCUUUGAAGCAACCUUUGUGGAGCUACUGAGGCGGAGUAUGGCAUAAAAAAAAAUUACUUACUCUUAAGUAAGCCUACUAGUCUACUACAAUACCACUUAGUAAAAGACUGUUUAAUAACAAUAUCACACAAUGGCGAAAUUUAUAAAGCUAGUACUUAAUACACUGAAUCCAUCAAACAAAGUCUGGAAGAUUUUGAAUUGGCGCAACUGACCUAAAACACUCUUACCCUUCGAGAUGACUUGUAUAUCUGUUGCCUAGCUGCUUAGACCAAGAUCAAAUGUACACACUCUCAGUCUAAACUGUGACACCAUUUUCUAACUUGAAUAUUUCCAGAUUAAUUCACGAUUGAAAUCAAACACACACACACACAUAUCUUUCUUCUUUAAUUAAUUAGUUAGCUAGCUAUUGUCUUUCAAUUUGGAGUCUAGUUCUCUACUAUUUCAUCGCUUUACUGUGAAUCGUUCAGACAUUAAUCUACUAUCUAGACCAGUGGUUCCCAAAUGUUUACCUCAACGGAACAUUUCGCACAUUCUGAGUAUUUAGCGGAGCACUCUGCUUAUUUUUUGUAUUAGAUUCCUCUUUAUUUGUUUAAUUAAAUAAAAAUUAAGCCAAAUUAUAAAUUAAGCUUUUUUUUUCAAGUUGACAACUUCUUAUAUAUGACUAUAAACAUAUGAAUACAAAAUAUAAAUUCUAAUAUCUUGUAUGGCGUCAAGCCGGCUUCUAGACUUUGACUUUGUUGCAACAUAAUAAACAAAAAUCUGCUUCGCACCAAUAGGUUGUACACAUGCCAUUAACAGGUUGUACACAUGCCAUUAACAGGUUCUAGGAAACUGAAGUACAACAACGAGCAGUUUGUUUUAAAAUAUUGUGGAAUUCCUCAAAUAACUCCACCAGAAAUCAUUGGUUGAUAUUGAAUUGUAUCCUUGUUUCAAAUGAGAUUCCGAAUCUAGAACAGCUCAAACUUCAUAGUGAUCUUAUACAAUUUAUUUUUUACGAACAAGAAUAAAUAUCUUUUUUUUUCCCUGCAUUUACUCAGAGAUUAAUUCACGUGAAGGCCUACUAGUUAAUUAAUCGAGUAAUUUUUGGAACACGUCGCGAAACACAGUUUGGGAAUCACUGAUCUAGACUAAUGAAGGGUAGAGUUUCAGCAGUUUAAAAUAAUCUCUUCCCAUUUCGUAAGCUGGGUAUUGAUUGUGUGUAUCGUGUAUUUCGAGUUAUCUUUGUACUUGGUUUCUCAAAUCAUUUCAUGUCAUUCAAUGACGCGCUUUUCUUCAGUUUUCUUUUAAAUAAUGUUAUAAAUACAUGAAAUGUUGUUGCCUAUUGUCAACAGUAUUAUACUAUUCAAUGACCAUUGCUUCAUUGUCGUACUGACCACUCGGUAAAUUACGGUCCGACUACUACGUCAAUCAAGGUCUCUAAAACGUUUACUAUUAAUAAUAGAUUAACUGACCACUACAUCAACAUCCAUCAUUAUAACUGAUCAUUAAGCCAAUCAAUUUAUAUGACCAUUUCUACGGUGUGUGUGUUUCUACGGUGUGUGUGUGUGUGCCAGUGUAAGUGUGUGUGUGUGGUCAAGGGUCUUCUAGUCAGUUGUGUUAGACCAUAUACCUCAUUUCUAUAUUGGACCACUGACCAUGUCUAUGUAUGUGGUAUAUGUGUAUUUGUGGUCAGCUGUAAGAGCCGCUUGUCCUCAGACUGCAGUAACUCAGAGACUACAAAGACGUCCUUAAUCUUGCCGAUAUUUUGUUUCUUAUUGUUGUAUGACAAGUAGAUCCAUGUCGUAUCUGACCAGCACUCUCCAUCCUUGACCAUCGUCCAAAAUGUGAACUUUAUAUGAUAGUAAGGAUCAUAAAGAUUUAUGAACUGCUGCUGAAUCAAUGUUACAUCUAAGGAGACAUUCUGGUAAUUACACAAAAUUCUAAUAAGCUAUAUAACAUUUUAGUAGACUACAUGUCAUUCUAGCAGGCAACACAGUAUGCAUGUAGGUUACUUAACACUGACAGGAUGUUAUAUGCAAAUCUAGUUGGUUCAUUACAGACUUCUAUUCUGCUUGACGUGCUUGUUGUAGAGCUUCUAUACUGUUAUAGUAAACUACAAGAUAUUAUACUUAUUGCUUAAUUUCAUAAAUUUUAUUGUUUUUAAAAACAAAAACUGGUUUCGAUUAAUCAUUGAAUGUGUCUAACGUCGUAAGGCUAUGUACUCAUGAGGCAGCGUCCAUGUAUCUAGAAUCAGAUUCACAUAUUUACUAAACUUGUCAGAACAAAACGGAGAGUGGUGUCACGUGAUUGAAAGGUUUAUAAAUGUCUAUAUCCCGCUAUCUCGGAGUGAAAUGUUGAACUAUAUGUGUAUGACACAGAAACCAAGGAUUGGUUUGAGUUACUGAGGUUCUGACUUCUCCCAAAAUAUUGUUCAUUAAGUCUUCUCUGUGGAUGUACAUUCAAAUGGUUGUAUGUUUUCAAAAAUUCAUACUUUUCAUUCAUUUUUAUGUCAAAUUUUUGUUAACGAUGAUUUUAAUGUUAAUGUAUUAUUUUCUUUUGGUCAUUGAUUGUAUAAUAGAGUCAAUACAAAGUGACAUCUUACAAUGUCAUGCAAGUCACUCAAUGUAACAGACAAUAAAACAAAUAGAGUCUC